AUGAGGCCGCGCUUCUUCGUGGUACCGCCCACACGCCCCUCGCACCUUCGCGCCGACGGUUCGUCCCUCACGGACCCACCCAGGGAUCCCCAAACCCCUCCAAGAUCCCCCCAAACCCCCCGGGACCCCUCCCCACGGACCCGACAAUUCCCCAAACCUCCUCAGGACCCACCCAGGGAUCCCCAAACCCCUCCAAGAUCCCCCCAAACCCCCCGGGACCCCUCCCCACGGACCCGCCCCCCCCCUCCGCCAGCGCCGGGUCUCGAACUCUGCCCACCCAGGGGCCCGCGGCGGCUCUGA